AAACAGAUAAGACACUGUGAAAAGCAGAAUGUCUGAAGAUACUGAAGGAAUUGAAAAAGAAAUAGAAACAGAAUUAAGCAGAAUUAGUGUUUCUUCCCUUGAAGCAGAUAAUUCUGACACAGAGGUAUUAGAAGAAGCUUUGAGUGACAGUGAGACAAUUUCAGAUGACUUGCCAGAAUCAGUUCUCUCCUAUUUAAACUUUAUAAAGAGCAGAAAUCAAGAUGCUGAAAAACUUAUACUGCAAGACUUAGAAGAUGAAGGAACGACAAGUAACAUUUAUGGAGUAGUUUCUUGCCAUGCUUCAGAUUACUUGGCAGAAUUGGCUUCUGAAUAUAAUGAAAAUCCGGAUCAAUUUAAAAAAGAGGUACGGUUUGAAACUGAAGAUGAAGACUUGCAGAUUGCUGCAACACCUACUUAUAAUAGUCGGUCCACCAGUGAAGUGGUCACUGAUGACCAUUUUGUUACAGCUGAUGCUGAAAUGAGCAUAAGCCUUACUCACUGUGAAGCAGAAGAAAGGUGUGGACAGGUGUUUGAGUACUGGGUGAAAAGACAAAAGGAGCUGGAAGAUGAGAAGAGGAAAAAGUGGAAAGCUGAGGGGGAAGCACAUGAAAAACGGAAUGAAGAGGAACACACAAGAAGGGUGCUGCAUCUGGAGGAAUUUGAGGCUGAAAGAAUAAAGUUAGAGCUUCUUCAUAAGAAACACCAAACUGCAGUAGAAGAUGAGUUACAGAAAGAAAAGAAAGCUUGGAGAGACAAAAUGAUGCAACAUGAGGAAUGGAUCACGAAGCUACAGCUGCAAAUGGAAGAGGAGAAAAAGGCCUUGGAAAAGCAGAAAGCAAAAGAAAGACAACACCUGGCAGAACAACAGAACAGAGCAGCUGUGAAAAUCCAAGCUAGAUUUAGAUCAUUUUUAGUCCAUAAAAAAUAUGCUCCCAUCUUAAAAGAAUGGAAAGAUGAAGUAAAAAAGAAGCAGAAGAUACUAAAAGAAAUAGAGAUAGACAUGAAAGAAAAAGAGGAAAAAAUGAAGAUGCAAAUGGAAGAAAAUAGGCAAAAAAUAGAGGGGGAAAAAAGACAAGAAGUACCUGAAAGAGAGGAAUAUUUGGCAUGGGUGAGGAGGUGUGAGGAAUAUGAGAAAAAGAAAGAAAGCCUGAGACUUGAAAGAGAAAACAAGCUGCAAAUAAGAGAAGAACACAGAAAACUAGGAGAAAAAAGAGCAAAAGCUGUCAUGAGUGACAGUGAAGAAAACAAAGAAAGCAUAAAAAAUGAUAAGCAGACAGAAAAUAUGGAAAUAAUAAGAGAACAGAAGAAGGAACUAAAUAAACAAGCAGAAGAACAAAAAGAAGACCAGGCUGAAAUGAUGGAUGAAGCAAAUAAUUGGAUGAUUCCAGCAGAAAGAAAUUUGACACCAACACCAAAUAUGCUAGGUUCAGAGAAGAGGGAAUACUCUUCUCACGUAAAUAAUGAGAACAUGUACCUGAAUUCAAUACUACAUGUAGAAGAAAAUUACUCACAAACUAGAGUUCUUAAUAAAGCUUCGGAUAUUCAUACUUCCAAGGAUGAAUCUGUUAAUUUUGGAGCUAAUGACAUGAUAGAAAAUAAGACAAACAAUAUACACAGCAGUCCACCAAAUGUCAAGCCAGAUGCUAGUACUAGAGAAGUCAAAGAUCAGUUUUCUCAGUCUGACACAAUGAAGAAAACUAUGUUUCUAAUGGGAGAUGCUAAUGAGGAAGUCAGAGAGACCUGGAACAGAAUUCAAGAUGUAGCUGAGUGUUCCAGCAGACUAAUUCUUCCUGAUGAUAUCGAAAAAAAGAGAAUAAACUGGAUGAACACAUGUAAAUCUUGGUCUAAAGUAUAUGAAGAAAACCAAAGAAAGCAAGCAACUAUAAAAAAAAAAACAAGGAAAAGUUCAUUUAGCAAGAUGCCUUCACUAAGUACAGAAAAGAUAAUUCAUAGUGGCCCCUGGAGUACUCUGCAGCAGGUCACAACACUUACACUUGAAGAUUUGCCAGCUUGCAGCCUCUCCAUGUUAUCCAAGUGUUCAAAUCUUCAAGUUUUGACCCUGAGGCGCUGUGGACUAGUUGCACUGGAAGGACUAAGUAACUGCAAAGACCUAAAGUAUAUCAACAUGGAGGAAAACAACAUUCGGAUGAUCAGCUGUGAAAAUCUAGAAAAUCUCUGUAUUCUGAUUCUGAAUAAGAACCAUCUUUCAUCAGUUUGUGGCUUAGAUGGCUGCAUAAGUCUCCAAAAUCUUGAACUUUCCUACAAUAAAAUCACCCGAAUUGGUGGUCUGGAGUCAUUGAAAAAUCUUCAGCAAUUAAUUGUGGACCAUAAUCAGUUAAUCAGCACAAAAGGUCUUUGUGAGGCACCUACUCUUGUUCACCUAGACUGCUCUUUCAAUCAUCUCACAGAAGUUGAAGGCAUUGAGAAUUGUGGCCUACUUCAAGUUCUGAAGUUGCAAGGCAAUAACCUCCAGGAGCUUCCAAGACUGGAAAAUCAUGUUCUCCUAAGAGAACUGUAUUUGGAUGACAAUAGCAUUUCUGCUAUGAGAAUGCUUUCUUUGUAUUGGUUGCCUUUAUUGCAGAUUCUUUUGCUGUCUCGAAACAGAUUAACUGAGCUUGUGCCUUUAAAUUCAUUUGUAUCUUUGGAAAAGCUGGAUAUCAAAAAUAACUGUUUGUUAGACCUUAAAGAUGUCAUUACAUGGCUAAGUGGCUGUCAUAAACUAAGGGAGUUGUCACUCGGUGGAAAUCCUCUUCUCCAAGACAGGAAUUGGAGGCCUUCUGUGUCUAAGGUCCUUCCUAGUUUACAGGUUCUUGAUGGUGAAGUCUUAAGGUGUCACAGUUUACCCACAACUGAAAGAAUCAAAGGAUCGGAAUCAAGAACUUUUCUGGAACUUUGUCAAGUUCAAAUUGAAGAAAAUGUUCUACUAAAAAAAAAGGCUGCUGAACUCAGGAUUGCCUCUUGUAUUGAUUCUGCACAGGAACAAUGCUGGUAUUUUAAUCAAUUGAUGAAACUUAGUAUUAAACAUCGUCAUGCACAUGAGUAUGGUGAACUAAACGUUACUGAUGGAGAUGGACCAGAAUCACUGCAAAGUCAUUUAAAGCAAACAUCCACUGGCUGCCUACAGGAAAAUAACCUCUUUAUCAUGGGUGUGACAGAAAAUAAACAGGUCUUGUGGGAGCCUUCUGAAAGAUGGAUUACUACUGGCCAUAUUCAGGCCACAUUCAUUAACUCCUCCAUACCUGUGCACCAAAAGGAAAAUAAAGAAGAUCAGAGAGUGAAGCAGAAGAGCAUUGAAUCGUGGGUUAAUUGCAGUGGGGAGAGGAAAGACAACAAUAACACAUUAGCUCAAGUCACACUGCAACAGUCAGUGACAGUAGCAAGUAAUAUGGGAAGAGAUUUUCAGUAUUUUGAGAACGAUACAGAAAGGCUACAUAUGGCAGCAUCAGUCAUCCAGUCCCUUUGGCGGCAGUACCAUGCCAGGAGGAAAACGGACUGCACCAAAACAGAGGAUCAUCAGUUUAUAGAAGCUUUGAGAAAGAAACAUGAAGCUGCCACACAAAUCCAGGCAUUUUGGAAGGGUUUUCUUUUGCGAAAGAAACUGGCCAGUGUUCUUGCAGCUGUUAAAAGUGAUGAAGUGGAGGAUGACUAUGAAGAAAUAAAAGCAGAUGAUUUCACAUCUUCUGAAGCUGCAAUAGAGAAGGAAUGGCUAAUUCUAGAUUCCACCCAUUUCCCUUCAAAAACACUCCUGCUCUCAAACAAGCUGGACUGGCCAAAGAAGUAUUCUAGGCCUUCAAAUUCCAGUAAACAUUCAAAUAGCUUGUCAUUGUCCCCACCGGACACUUGGCAGUGUGUUAAAAGAUCACAUUCAUAUGCAGCAGAAAAUAGCCAGUUUCAUGGCAGGUCAAGGAAGGGAAAAACGUCACAGCUCUCUGACUGGAAGGGAAGAAAGAAAUUUUCAUUCAUGUCUGAAAAAGAAGAGAAAAUUUCAGAAGAAUGGGGUUUUAAAGAUAUUUCUACUGCACAGCUAAUGCUGAAGAGGUCCCAUAAAAUGAAGCCCCAGAAAUACAGUAAUAAAAAUUUAGACCCAGCUGUGUGCCUGGCGUUGUUCAAAAACAAUGAAAACAAACAUCUCCAUGUGAAACCACCAAGGAAGACACAGCCUAUAUAUGCUGGUUACUUUGAAGGUAAAAAAGAAGAAUUUUCUCAGCUGGAUACUACUUUAGAUGAGAAAUUACAAAGGAGACAAGACUUUACGUAUCAAUGGCUUCAUACACAGCUUUUGGAUUAUGAAGCAGCCAGUUCCAAAAAUAUGAACUGCUGUCAUUUUUUGCCUGAGUUAGAUCCUACAAUACAGGACAGUAGACAAGUACAACUUGCGGCAAGCCCUGUAAGCAGAGAAGACACGGAUUUAGACCUUGUUUCCAUGGCCAGUGGAAGUACUUUGACUGAGAACAGAGAAAAAAAUAAGCAGCCACACAGACACUCAGAAAGAACUUCAAAAAAGAAUUUACCUACUCCAGAAAAAUCAUGUUUAAGUCUAUCUCACAAGGAACGGAUAUCAUUUCGAGACCAUCCAGUGCAGCUCAGCAGAGGAUGGGGAGCUGGAAAGAAAAGGCAAAGGCUUAAAAAUUCUAGCUGAAUAUUGGAGAUAAUGUAACUAGUUGAUUUCAUCAAAUAUGGAGAGCAUAUGGAGAGCUGUUUCUUUUUAAGCCUGUGAAUAUCAAUUUUUGGAUUCUUGUUUAUUACCAAUAUAAACAGUUUCAGUUAACUACAUUUGACUUAUUUUAUUAUACAUGGUUACAGUGGUUUGGAUUUUUUU